UUUCAACAAUUUGGCCAUGGCUAGUCUGAUUCCUUACUUUGCGGUGGGGUUGCUUUUGAUAUUCCACUCAUCUGCAAGUCCUGCAAAGAUAAAAAUUAUAAAGCCAGAUAUCUGUGAUAAAUCUCACACAUGGCUCCAUCAUGGAAAGACUUACACUUAUUCUUUCACUGCAUUGUCUGAGUCUGCCUUUAUUGGGGCCUCGGAAUCAAAAACUGGGUUUAAGUACACGUGUAAUUUUCGUGUUAAUGUGCCCAGAAAAUGUGAGGGAAUACUGGAGGUCAUUCAUUGCGAUUUGUAUGAAAGGUUGCCUGGUGUUGAAUCAAAAUACGAGAAGUCUGGGAAUUCUGAAGCCUUCAACAACAGAAUGACUGAGCAUUCUCUGUACUUCCAAUACAACCUAGGGGAGGUGAUAAGGGAGGGAAUAGUGACCUCAGAACUGGAAGACACUGUGAUCCUGAAUGUCAAGAGAGCCAUUCUAUCCUCUUUCCAGCUAAAGAUAAUGCCUUUGUAUCUUUAUGAUGAAGAAUCCCACCAUCAGACUGACAUAUUUGGAGACUGUCCAAUAUCAUACAGUAUUUCUGAAUCCGAUCCUGAUUUGUUUUAUACGGAAAGAAAUCUACGACUUUGUCAGAUGCCACAAAUCUACAGGAAACCUAGAAAUAUAUUCUCAUUGAUACAAAAAGUGUAUGGAGGUUAUAAGAUCGGAAAUGUAUCAGAGUCCUACUAUCCAUUUUUAUCCAAUGUGAGGUGUGAACACAAAGUAAAUGGUAAACAUCAGCUGAAAGGGGUGACUUGCCUCCAACAACAGAUUUUUCAACCAUCUGCCUACAAUGGGUCAAUUUAUGCUUCGUACAUGACCAAUAUCAGCCAAUCUUUGGAACUGUCCAAAGUCAAGAGGCUGGAAACUCGCUCUGUCAACAGAAGAAUCAAAGGUAAAAAGUAUGUGGACAUCUUAUUUGAAUUUGAAGAGCAGAGUCCAUCAAAAGUGACCAUGGAAACAAUCGAAAGCAUAAUACACAAAAUGGUAGAAAGUAUGAGGAAUGACAGAAUGGAUGAUGUGUCUGGGUUAUAUCAUCAGCUGGUGCUGGCCAUGAAGAAGGCAGAUCAGAAAAUCCUGUCGGAUACCAUGACAGAUAUCUGGCAUUGUCACGGGAACAAUACUGUCAACUGUGAUACUAUACACCAGUUUGCAGAAACGGAUUACUUUUUGGAUGGUCUGCUGUCUUGUGGUUCCUCUGCUUGCCUGGAAGUGUUUGGUGACUGUCUGAAGAAUAACCGGGUGUAUGAUCCUUUUACCAGCUCACUUAUUUUGUAUGACCUUGCGUUCAAUCAUGAAAUCUCGGUGGAGGUCAUCUCCGCUGUAUUUGAUUUGUGCAAAGGCAGCAAUCAUAUGGCUUGUUGGCUUCCUCUAGGAACUAUGGUUGGCAACUUCCUGCAGGCAACAGACAACACAGAGUUUCAAAAAGAUCAUGCUGUUUCACAGAUUGUUGCACAUCUUACACAUGAGAUAGGGUUUAACUGUAAACCAGAAUUGUGGGACCUCUUUGAUGUCGAUGAGAAAAUAAAUAAGCAUGAUCGCCUUAUUCUGAUGUUUAAGGUGGUUGGUAACAUCGGAAAAGUUAUCCAAAGAUUUUCGUCACUAAAUUCCCAAGUCAGCACAUUAGUAAAAUCUACCUUGAUCUGUGUGGAAAACUCUGAUCUGCCAUAUCAUCUGUCUAAAUCAGCUGUUCAGGCCAUUGCAACCCUUGAGAUGACUGCUGACGUAAAGUCAACAAUGCUGACUGUUCUGUACGACAUUAACAGAGAAGCCUCUGUGCGAGCCCAGGUCUUCACAUCUCUGGCGGACACUACAGAUGAAGAUCAGUUGACCACAUUGUUGAAGAUGAUGCACACUGAGGCCUUGGACUAUAUGAAGCGAUACAUGACAUCUUAUGUACAGGGAGUCCUGGAAAAUGACCAACCAGAUAGGAAGAGUUACAGGGAUCUUUGGAGAAAAAUCAUAAAGAAGGAUAGAAGAAGGUUGCCCUAUGAGUAUUCUUUCCUUUAUGGAAAGUCACACUACAUUGACAUGUCCAGAUAUUUUAAAUUGCCUCUGACUGAUACCUUCCAAGGUCUUCAGCUGGAGAUGAAUGUCGUAUAUGAUCCUGUCUACCCAUCCUAUCAGUCCGUCGUCUUUAAGUUAAACUUCUACUAUGGAGAGAAAUACAACAUUCUGGAGCUGGGGUCAGAUAUUCACGACCUUCAACAGCUGCUCAGUACCUCCCUUGGUAGUAGUAACAGCUUCUACAAUUUGGUCUCAGUCUUCAUGAAAUUCAAGAAAGAGAUGGAGAGGUCCGACCCAUUGAAGCCAGGAGAGAUGUUCGGUAACUUUCAUCCUCAUUUGGUGCAGGAAAUCAGAGAUCUGUUUCAGCGCGUUAACUACCAAAGUAACAAGGAGCAGUUUGGAGGACUUCUGCACUGGAAACUGUUUGGUCGUGAAGUUGCUUAUGCUGAUGUACAUAGUUUCAUGGAGUUUUUGAGUGCGGAUUUGAUGAAAAAUGGAAACGAGUUUCUGGAAAAUCUGUUGUUUCAUUUUAACAAAGGUUAUCAUCGCAUCAAAACUAGGUCAUCCAAAAUCAUGGACUUGACAAAAGUUUUGCCAACUGUCAGUGGGGCAUCCCUGAAUAUGACAGUUCUUGUAACACACACAGCUGCCACAGAGGUCAAUGCCAAACUCACACUGAAAAAGUUCCUGCUGGGUAUUGGCCCAGUAGAUGUCCAGUCCAAAGUUGACCAUAAAUGGGCAUUUGAAUUUCUUGGACAAAUGACGGUAGAUCUGCCUGGACUGGUUACUAAGAAAGCCAGAAUGGUCACAGAUGGAAUGAUGAGAGGAAAAGCAGAUAUUGAAGCCAAAUAUUUGGCUGGUAAACCAGGAAAAGAAAUCCUCAGACAUCACAUUCUGACAUUGUUCAGCAAAGAUGAUGGAGCACAAAUGAAACUGGCAUCAGUAAAGAUCAAGCUAGUUUUGAUUCAUGGCAAAGAUGUAGAAGAAAUCCCUUUUCUCCCAGAUUACCAUAAGAAAUUUGAACACUGCUAUGAUUGGUCCUUGCUGACAGAACAAGUGUGUGUUAUUGCAGAAUACCCAAAUGUAACCACCUCCACAACACAUGCAUUCUUUCCCCUGUCUGGUCCAUUCUCUGCUGCCAUCAUUCGAAAAAACAGUACAUUCAAAGAUUUGAAGUUUAUUGCUGAGUACAAGAAGAAGAAGGAUUCAGAAGAUGUGGAUAUAGUUGUAGAAGAUGAGAAAGGACGCCAAGUGUUCAAUCUGAAUGUUACAAACUUUAACUGGGCUUCAUUUUCUACCAGUUUUGUAACACAAAACCAAGACCUAAAGUUUCAGCUGAUUAACAAGGAUAUCCGGAAUCGUGUGAAUGGGAAAAGGCAGGAUAAAAAAGAUUGGGGUAUUCGUGUCAUGAGCAAAGGACAGCUUUUGUAUGGGUUUAUGGCUAAGGACUACUACUCUUAUGUAAACAAGACUUCAACAAAAAACAGAUCUUUGGAAAUAAGUGCUCCAGGAUGUAGAGUGGAGUUCAUAUAUGAUAAAAUAAGAUACAACUACUAUAGCCAUUGGUAUUGGAAACUGCAGAGGAAGCUGUUCUGCACCAAAGCCUGGCCCACCAUGUAUCCCCUACACCUCAACACAGACCAUGCUUCACAAAAUGGGGACACCAGUGAUGUAUUCAUUGAUUGGGAAUCAAAGAAAUCAUAUGGAGAUUGUACCAAGAAAAAUUAUACUGUUCACUUAGGAUAUCCAGGUCAGAACAUUGAGAUAGAGUAUGACAUAGGAAAAUAUAAAUCACUGACGUCUGUUGUGGCCGAUGUCUUGUACCUUGGAGAGAAUCAAAAACAGAAUAAAUUGAUGAUAAAGGCUGAAAUAGAGACACCUGAUAAAUCUAAAAACAAGGGAUACCAGGGCAACAUUUUACUUGAACAUAAAGACGCAUAUCGUGUGAAUGUAUCUGGUUAUGUCAACUAUUUCUCUCAGGAUAUCGGGGCAGAUUUCGAUGUGUCAUAUGAAUUGUUGAGUACUAAUGGCCCACCAAAAUCUCAGAAUUUGGAAUCAAAGACAAACAAAAAUAGGAAAGAUCUUCAGAAAAUGGGGAGAGAUAUGGAGUGUAAUAUAUUUGGUAAACGUAAUGUGAGAAUGUGGGCUAACCUGACAACAGCUGUAACUCCUGUGAAGUUACUGCAGGGUCCAGCAGCCAAUAUAGACUACAAACUGACUGUUGUGUACCCAUCCUGUAAUGACUAUAAGUACUUUAUCAGUAAGGGAAUGGUGGGGAGACUCUUCAGUAAUAAAUGGAACAACUUCAGGUAUUCAUUCAAUUCAAGUGUAGUAUAUGGAAGCCACAAAGAUUUUGAUGUGAGCGAAGACAGUAUUGAUGCUUCAGUUGCUGCCAAUUUCAAUGUAUUUUCCAAACGGAAAUAUUUUGAUGCUUGUGAAUUUAGUACAGCUUUAACUGUUGUGAAUUUUGCCCAGCCUGCCUGGCUCUUCAACACUUCAUACUCGCUAAAAGCACAGCACUUAGAAAAGAAAAUAAAGUUGACGUACAAAGCCCACCAAAAUACACCUUGGGCUUUUUUGAAUUAUCAGACAGACAACACUCUUAAUGUGUACUGGUGGCAUUUAUUGGAUCUUCAAUUGGAUUAUUCCAACUCAUACUGGAGUUUCAGAAACAAUAUUACAUGGUAUUGGAAUUUGAAUAAAGAAGAUCGUCUGACUCAAAAUGGUAGCAUUGAAAGUAAGGUCUCUUUUAUUCCCAUUAAUGUGACAUUUGACAUGACUGGAAAAUAUAUUGAUGAAACAAUCCCUGAUUUCCAUUGGAAAUUCUUGAGGGGAAAUAUAACGUAUGCUGUAGAUGUCCAGUUUGCUAGUCCCCCCACACACCUGAUGAACAUAACGGUGACAUCAGAGUUCCAGUCCAAUGUCAGCCACCUGCUGACCUGGGAGAGUGAGUUGACAGGGUCCACACAAGUCACCCACACUCUGGCCUGGCCCACUGACCAGGCAUCACUACCCCGUCAGUCAAGGGCCUUGGUAACCACUACAUAUCUUGUGGGUCAGAUUCUUACUGAAGCCAGCAAAACAAUGAUGGCUAAUCUUAAAAAGACUUUUCCAGAAAAAGAAAUUCCCUUAUUGAACAUAACAGUGAAUCAUUUCUACAAGAACCAUCUGAAGCCAUUCCUGUUAACUAUACCGCUGACGAGAUCACUAAGAAACAUAAUAGAACUUAAACUGAAGUCCACCAAUGAAACAGGGUCAGCAUUUAUUCAGCACAUGAAUGUGUUCUUUGCUAAAUUGUUAAACAUCGUAGGAAGUUCACUCCAGAAUCCUCCAGCCCAUCUAGUGGGGAGCAGCUUAAAAAGGAAGUUUACACAGAUCCUAAAGGAGGGCAAGCUUAUAUUGGUCCAGCCCCUCCCACUGAAGUUCAAAAAAAUUUUGUGGUGGGAGAAAACUAUUGGACAGAAAUACUUUGCUAAUAUCAUCUCUUCACUGAGGAGAGGAAGAAAGGCCAGAUCCUACAGGCCUUAUGCAGCCAUAGAAAAUUUCAGACACAUCACAACAUUCGAUAGCAAAUCAUAUGAAAUACCAGGUACCGAGAGGUUUAGAAUCAUCAAACCUUCAAAUCAUCUAGAGUGCAAACACUUGCUGACGGCUGAUUUCCAGCUUGGAAAAUUUGCCCUUGUUAUGUCUGUCAGUGAAAUUACUUUGUUUACUUUGGACAAUACUGUCACCGUAGACCAUCAGGGGAGGUUAUUCAUCGGGGAUUGUGAUGAACCUGUUGAGAAACUACCAUAUAUUCUAAAGGGCAUGAAUAUAAGUAGACCAUAUAAAGGCAAGAUAGAAAUCACUACCUCACAAGGUAUAAACCUGGCUUUCUAUACCAAUCGACUUCGUAGUCGAUGCAGUGUGACACUUCCGUCAGGAUUCAGAAAUGAAACACUGGGGCUGCUGGGAAAUCGAGAUGCUGAAAAAGGAACAGAUUGGAAAACCCCCGAGGGAGUAAUGAUGCAGAAAGUUGGGGAAUUUCUCCAGUCUUACGCACUCAGUGGUCCCAAGUAUUGUCAUCAAGCAAAGGAGCAGGAUCAUAUCGCUAAUCCAUACAGAGAUUCUUUGAGAUCUGAGCUGACGGUCACUCCAGUGGAUAUGGUCCUAGCUGUUCCAGAGACUUUAGAAGUAACAGAAGAUCUAGGGUCUCUGCUAAUUGAACUCGUUCAGUCCAUAGCGAGGAGAUUUGCAGACACACGUAUUGGAUUGCUGAGCACAGGGAGUAAGACCAUCAAAGAGCCUUCACAACAUUUCAUGGACGUAAAGUUAAUCAACACAACUAUGAUAAAAGAGGUGUGGAGGACAGUGAACGAUUCUGAUGCAGCCGUCAUUCUACCUUUUGCAGCUUCAUACCCAUUCAGAACACACAGCCAUAAAGCUAUAUUAUUGCUGUCACCAAAGCUGGACAUACUUAAUUCCACAAGCUCCGAGAACCUGAAAACUUUGUUCAAAGAGAGGAAGAUUACUUUUUACAUGGCAUCAGAGUAUAAAAGAUUCAAGAACAGAGUCCUUGGGAUAAGUUGGGACAAACGAGCCAUUAUGUACCAGUCGGACAGAUUCAAAAUGUUGUCAUUCCCCAAGGGUGCAUCUAUGAAAAUCUUGAAGGAGUCCUCCGGGGCACUUUUUGACAUUAAGGCAAUAACCCAGAAAGACACCAGUAAAAUGGAGGCUCUGGUGAAAUAUGUUCAUGAAGAAAUGUCGACAAAUAACCAGUGUCUGUGAAACUGCUGACCAGUAAGGCUAUAAACAGAUCAUAGCCUUUGGAAGUGCUGUAAAUAAUAUGUUGUAAUAAUGUAAAUGGUCUGGAAAGAUUCAAAGCCAUGAGAAUCCAGUUUUUAUUCAUUCAUGUACAUGUCAAUAUUAUAUUCAUAAUAAAAUCGUGUUUCUGUG